AACAACAUAAAUCCAAGCACACAAAGGGUGAAAUGGAAUGGCAAAGACUCUCCCAACGUGUCAAAUCAUUCUGGCUGGCCUCUGUCACAGAAUGAAAUAUAAUCCUCUUCUGCGUGUCGCAGUCUUGCUGAUACUUCUGCUGGUUUACUGUGAGUGGCUGCACUAUUACAUUGUUUUGUUGCACUGCACUUGGCCAAGGUUAGAAGGAAAUAAUCAGAUAGGAUGGACACAUCCGUCUACAGAUAUGAAAGUGAUGUUCUUGGCAGACACCCACCUGCUGGGGAAUAAAGAGGGCCACUGGUUUGAUAGACUUCGAAGAGAAUGGCAAAUGCAGCGAGCAUUCCAGACCAGCAUGUUUCUGCACCAACCUGAUAUUGUCUUUGUACUGGGCGAUUUAUUAGAUGAAGGCAAAUGGUGUGAUGAUGAAGAAUUUCUUAAUCAUGUGGAGCGUUUUAAUACAAUGUUUUCAGUCCCUUCUGGCACACAGCGGCAUGUUGUUGUAGGAAAUCAUGAUGUUGGUUUUCAUUAUAUGAUGACUGCUCACAAAAGUCAGCGUUUCACAGAAGCAUUCCAGUCUCCAACUGUGGGUAUGCUGCACAUAAAUGGUGUCACCUUUGUUUUUAUCAACUCCAUGGCCAUGGAGGGAGAUGGAUGCAGUUUGUGUGCAGAGGCCAGUCAAUCAUUGAACCUAAUCUCUCAACAGCUGAAAUGUGCUAAAGAGGGAUUUAAAGCAAAGGGCUGUGAUAAGUAUGAGCCAUUCCAAUAUUCUCGUCCCAUUCUUCUGCAGCACUUUCCAUUGUUCCGGCAAUCUGAUGCCAACUGCAGUACAGAGGAUGCUGCUCCUGCUCAAGAGAAAACAGUUGCAUUUAAAUCAAAGCACGACACUUUGUCCCAGCAAGCAACUGCUCAGCUUUUCAAGCUGUUGGAUCCUCAAUUGGUAAUUGGUGCUCACAUACAUCAUGGCUGCUAUCGGAUCCAUGACAAUGGUGUUCCAGAAUGGACUGUUGCAUCCUUUAGCUGGCGCAACAAGCAGAAUCCAUCCUUCCUGAUGGCACGCAUCUCUAGUAAAGAACACAAGAUUCAUCUGUGUCAGAUGCCCAGUGAAAGAACUGUUAUUUUGAUAUAUAUUGCCGGGGGUCUCUGUAUUGUUAUGAAUUUGUGCCUGUCUUUCAGAGCAAACAAGCAGCGCAAAACAAGAUGACAGAAAAUGCCAUGGUCAAACAGGACAUAUUUAGUUUAAGGAUGAGAGAUCACACAAAAAUAUUCAUGUUAGUAUAAUAUGUGUUGGAGAAAGUUAUGUUUGUCAAACAAUGUAAAGUGCAUCCACUGUCAUAUUUUUUUUUUGUAUGAGGUAGAUUUUGCACAUUAAAUUUCAAAUGAUAAUUUCUCCAUGUCAUUCCAAAUUACUGCUUUUUUGAAGCAAGGAAUUUUACAGUUAGUUUCCUUACUAAAUCUGUGAAACAUUCCAAGUAAGAAUAGCAUAUGGAAUCGGAAUAGAAACGAAAUCUCCAUAUUUAUUAUAUUAUUAGCUGAUUUGCAGUGUGUCCUUGGAGACAGGUUGUAUCUAUCAUGUAUAUUUCAUCCUUAUGGCUCUUAUUAUUAAAAUGGUGCAUAGAAGAGGGAUAAUGUGGCAAAAAAUUGUUGGGUUUUUUUUUUGUCCGAAUGUAUACAAUGUAUACAGGAAACAAAAAGUCUCAGCCAGGUACUAAUCUUGAUGAUUAAAUUCGUACUUCAAACUGUUCCAAAGUCAUGUAAAUCACAGUGACGAACAUGUUUAUUAUAGUGGUGUUAUUAAUUACUGGUGUUUCUUGGACGAAGAGUGCUCUCUUGAUGCAUGCACUUGUCAUCAUCAGAGUCAUCAGUAAAGUUGGUCUGGAUUGCACCUGAGAAUAUUUUUUUGGUCCAAGAACAUUUUGUUGUCUCAUUCAGUCUUUAGAGAGGUCACAUGCAGGAAUAUAAAUGUAUGAACAUGUGUGUUUAUUACACUGUUAUGCUUUCUGUCUUUUUGAUGAUUAGCAGAUUGUGCCUAUAGAUGUGCCUUUUGGUGUAACUUUUCAUUCUGAUAAAAAUUACGAAAAGUCUGCCUUAGAAGAAUCUUGUGCUUUUAAAAAACUGAAAAUACACACAAACUUAAAUUGCCUUCCAUUGUAGAUGUUCUAAAGAUAUUGUCCUCGUAGAGUACAGUAGUAUAGAAGAAACAGUCUCUUAUUUAUGUUUUUUUUUUUUGUUGCUUUUUUUCACUGCACUAUAAUAUAGUACUUCAUAAGAAAGUGAAUAUAUGUGCUUUAGUGCAUUGCAAACAAAUUUGAUGAUUAUUUUUUAAUUGCCAUUAGUGUGUGUCUAAAGAUAUUUAUAUAUAAAGCAGUACACUAGUAUAGAAGAAACAAUGUCUGGUGAAUUGGCUGCGUCCUACACUCAUUGACUUACAGAAGAACAAUUUUUAGUUUAAAUUUCAACAUAAACAUCAAACAAACUUAACAUGUAACUGCCAUUCAGCAUGCAUCCUAGUGUGUUGAUUUAAUCAUACAUAUAUUGGGAGAUGGCAUGUAUUUAGUGACCCUAUAUUUAUGUCAUCCUUGAUGCACUUGGUUUUUUUUUUUCAAGAAUCUAUAUGUUUGUUUUUAUUAAGCAAUUUGCAAACAAGUAGUGAAUGAACACAUUUAGAAUCGUUCUUCAGAAAAUCAAAAAGCUCAUUAUGGUGCAUAAUAUUUACAAAUAUGCAGACAUAUCAUUGGACAGUUUCAAACUGCUCUAUAAUAACACUUUCACUCAUUUAAAAUGUUAUGGAAUAAAUAUUUGUUAUAUGUUAUGAAGAUAUGUUUUUUCACAUCUGUUAACGGCUGUGGUUAACAAUGUUCUAUAUUUUCAAGUUUUGAGCAAAAAUGAUUGUCCUACUGGGUACAAAGAAGAGCUGCUUACAUAUGAGUUUCUAGUAUGAUAACCUUCAGUAUCACUAACAGAACUGUGUUGGUAUUCUUUGACUUACCCACCUCCUAGUCUUUUAGAGUUGCUGAAAUUAAAAAUUUUGGAACAUUGGCAAGGUAAGGUCUAACAUUAUCAGGUCGUUUGGGGGGGUUAGGUGUUAGACACAUCACUUUUCUCAGGGCUAGCUUUACAUUAGGGUGGUGCCCAUCUCUCCCACAUUGCCUUACCUUUCCCGCCUUUAUGGAGUCGGGUACUCAUUCCUGCCAGCUGGUCGACUGGAGGAAGUUUGCUGCGCUAAUCAGGCAUUGAACCAGAGUACUCUCAGUUCAGACAACAGUGCUCUAACCACUCGACUAUUUUCUUCUCCGAAAUAUUGAUACAACCUUCUGUGCAGGAAUAAUUGAUUAUCAAUAUUGAUAACAGGUGACAUGGUAUGGGAUUUAUCAUGUUUUGCAUAGUCAUUUUAAUCUUUUAUUGUGUGUUUGCUGAUGACAGCAGUCCUUGUUUCUCAGUUGUGCAAUAAAUGUAAUUCGUGAAAUUUGCUAUAAAAUUUAAAUCUUGAAUAAAGUGAUCACUUUAUGCUGGAACAUUUA